CUCCCCGCCGCCACCAUGUCGCCGCUCGCUCGCUCACUGCUCGCUCGCUCGCUGCUCGCGCUCGCCGCACUGCUCGCCAUCGCUUACGCCACUGACGAAUGUGUCACGGUAACAGUUGGUACCAAAACCAAAGUCCCAAUUCCAAUAAACCCGGCAAAGGUUCCGGAGCCAGGACAGAAUAUGACUAUUUCGAACGGCUGCAAACCAGGACACGUGAUUGGUGAGACAAUAACGGUCUGCAGCCACGUCAAGGGCUGCGUGCCGACCAUCGAUAUCGGUAAAGGCCAGUACUCCCCGGUCGUAGUGGGCUGCAAGUGUCCCGGCGGUUGUGUGCUGAACGGCACCCAAUACUGUUAACUAAUACACGUCAUUAUCCCUGCUGUUCAAUGUUCCGCUAGAUGGCGCACCAAGCCGCGAGGUUAGGUAUUUUCUCUCUUUCCUGUAUAUGUCGUUUGAUAAAAUUAUGCGUCAAGUUUUUGAAAACCUUCAUGAAAUUGUGUUAUAAUGAUUCUUUAUUUUAACCUGUUUAACCUGUUGUACCUAUAACAUAUUGUAUUACUUUAUGUUAUUAAAACAGUUUAAUUCGAGUUCUUUAUUUUGUUUAUUUUGUUUUAUUCCUAAUUGAAUAUUUAUUUCAUUGUUGCAAAAAUUUCAUAAUUUUUAUUAUCUUCUUGUAUUUAUUAAAAUAAAUAAUAUUGAUGGUUAA